UCAAUUUCAUGGGCCUAAUGCAAUGCCCUGGAUAUUUCCAUUUUGGAUUUGGAAGCUAAUGAAAAUCAUCCCAGGAAGGCUAAAACCUCUCUCUCCCGAGCUAGCUUCCUCUUUCGAAACGAAAGUAGACAAGAUUAUUAUAGCUAUCAACUUUGUCAUAAUGGUGAUUGCUUCUAGGUUCCCUGCAAAUUGCUCAGGUUUGGUUCAUCCUAGUUGUAAUAAGCCAUCUUUUCAGCUUCUGAGAUACCAAAGAACUCGAUUUAAUUAUUAUAAACCUAAUCAAUCAGUUUUCGAAAAGAUUUCAAGCGGAAGUUUUGUUAGGAAGCCUUAUACAAGCAGACAUGUCAUGUCUGUGGGAAGUAAUCGUCAUCAGUCAAGUUUUGAUGAUGAAUUACGUGGGGAACCUUUCUUGCUAAGUCUAAUUAGAGAAACCAUAUGGGGUUUAAGAUCUUUGUUUGCAUUUCUGGUUGAGCAGCCUAGUCAACUGAAAUACAUAGAGUGGCCAAGCUUCCAAAGCACUCUGAAGACAGCUAUUUUAACUCUUGUUCUUGUAGCUGUGCUCAUCGUUGCGCUAUCAUCAGUUGACUCUGUCCUCUGCUAUGUUUUAGCUUUGUUGCUCAGGAAAACCCCGUCAUAAUUGAACUAUACUCUCAAAACAACACCUUUAAUGAAUAUACAUUCCUUGAAUGUUGCAUACGGUAAUCCAUCAGCUUUCACCUGUGGAAGAAGUGCGAGCUUACCGUGAAAGGAUGAGCUACACUGGAAAAUUGUUAUCGGGAGUACCUUAUAAUAGAUCUAAUAUAAUUUUGUUUUGCAUACUGUCUUGUCUGAUGUAGUUUUAGAUUCUGAAGGAAAAUGAAGAAGGCAUAAAAGCAGUGCAUUAUUUUUUGUUUUCCUUGGCAUUCCAAAUGGUCGCAGGGGGUUAGAUUUGUGAUGCUUUGGAGCAAAUUUGUGCCUCGCCUUUUCACCAUAGAUUUUUAUUACCCUGUGCGUCUGGACUGGAUUUUGUGCCAAAGAAAUAGCAGUGAUAGGAUUGAAGAGGAAGUAGAAAAAUAAGCAGGAAGUCUAAGAAAAGCUUUAAAAUAAGAAAAACAAGCAAUGCAAAGAUGUUUACAAGAGCAGUAAAGAUAAGAUCACGAGGAAAAUGAUACCCGAGGAAGAAAAGAGAACAGGAAAGAUGGCAUUCAAAGAACGAAAGUAGCCAAAAUUCUGCUUGAGGGCCAAAAAGGUACAAUUUCCAGCGACUUAAAGACACGUUUAUUGUCCCUAUAACCCCAAUCUCAUUGCUGCAAAAUGCAAAAAAUUAUGGUGCUCCACCCUCCAAUAGUAUAUUUCAGACCUUGAAUGAUACAUAAAUAACACCCAAAACUUCUAAUAAUCAACAUCUA